AUGUAAUAUAAAUUGUUGUCACUUCUUCUAAUUUCAACGAUAGUAUGGUAUAUGAAUCCUCAAUCAUAACCAAAAUUUUAGAGAGGAUUCUCAAAGGAUUUUAAAGCAUUUCUUGACUAAAAUUACAAGUUUUGGAGUUUCCAUAGACCUGAUAUUAUUUCUGGAUGUUAUGGGUAUUAUAAAUCUUAAUGAAUAUAGAGGAGCAGAAGCAAGGCCAAGUGAAAAACCUUCUAAAAUACCUAUAAUAUUUAUUCAUGGAAAUAGUGAUGUAGCUGUAGGAGAUGGAAGCUAUGGAAAAUAUAUGACAGGAUUUAGUUAAUAGAUUGAAUAUUUUUUAAGUUUAGGAUAUUAGAAAUAAGAUUUAUAUGCUACAACUUGGGGAGAUGCUGAUUCUACCACAGCAAGUCUUAAUUAUCAUUCUGAGAACUAUCUUAAAUACAACAGAGCAUUUGUUGAAGCUGUUUUAGAAUAUACAAAAUCUCCUUACGUCAACAUUAUAUCACAUUCAAUGGGUGUGACUUUAGCCAGAAAAGUAAUCAAAGGAGGAACUGGUCAUGAUGAAUUGGGUAGUGGAAGAUACGAUUUAGGGGAUCCUCUUACUUCUCAAGUUAAAGUAUUUGUAGGUUUAGCAGGAGGAAAUUAAGGUUUGAGUUCUUGUUAUACUUCUGGUACAUCUUUACCAACUUGUGGAUUAACUAAUGGAUUUUAUCCAGGAUAACCACCUUUAGUUGGAAGAUCAACAUUCUUAGAAGAAUUGGAUUCUAAUUCUGCAAAGGAAGGAAAAUAUAUCGUUACUGGGAGAGCCAAUUAUGAUGAAAUUAUUGGAGGAAACAACCUUGUUUGGGGAAAAUAUACAACUAGAAUCAAAAAUGAAAAUUAGGAAAUUGUUUUUAGUAGUGCAAAUAUAGGUCAUUUUGGAUUAAGAGAUGAAGCUGGACCUGAUAUUUAUGCAAUCCUAAAAAAAUAAGAUGCUAUAAAUUAAUGAAAU